CUCUUUCUCUCCCUUUCUUUCCCUCCACCCCCACACCUGCUCUCACUCUGACCCUCCUGCCUCCUUCUUUCCCUUAUAAAGACCGCACCUUGGACCCACCCAGAUAACCCAGGAUCAUCUUUCACCUCAGGCUCCUUCACAUCCUCACAUCUGUAAAGUCCCUGUGGCCACACAACACUGCACAUGGACAGGUCCCGGGACUGGGACACAGCCAUCCCUGGGCCCUAAUUCAGCCACCCACAGCUCCUUUCCCUCCUUCCUCUCUCCUCCGGGUAUGAAAAGGGAAUGCAGAGAGGUUGUCAAUGAAUACACAGUUACAAUUAGAUGCAAGGAGUGUGUUCUAAUGUUGGAUAGCAGAGUAGGGUGGCUAUAGUUAGCAAUAAUGUAUUGUAUAUUUCAAAAUAGCUACAAGAGAGAACUUCAAAUAUACUCAACACAUAGAAAUGGUAAAUACUCAAGGCCAUACUCCAAAUUCACUGUCUUAAUGAUGACAUGUUGGAUGCAGGGAACCAAACAGCACAUGCGCCUCAUAAAAAUCUUCAAUAUUAUGUAUCAGUAUAAUAUUUUCUAUGAAUAAGAAAGCCAAAAAAAGAAGUUAAGCAUAAACUAGCCAUUUGACCUAACAAUUCCAGCCCUAGGAAUUUAUCUAGAAGAAAUGAAAGCAUGUGUUCAAAAAGAUGUAUACAUAAAUGUUCUCAGUAGCCUCAUUCACUACAGGCAACAACUGGAAAGAACCCAAGUGUCCGUCAGCUAGAGAAUGGAUAGACCCUUGUGGGCUAUAGAUACAGUGGAGCGCUGCUCAGUUAUACAAAGAAAAGAAACUAUGGAUACCGGCCACAGGAGGGAUGGACUUCAAAACAUUACACUGGUGCAGGGGGAAGGUGGCGCCCUGUUAUGAAUCUGUUAUUUAUGAGGCUGUGGCUGCUGCAACAUCAGAAUCCACUAGUGUAGAGCCUGGCAAGCUGGAUGUGGGAGCCACCGAGGGCCACGAACUGCAGCACAUCGGCAACCAAAAGAUGCCCACAGGUAAAAAAGCCACGGGUGCUGUUUCCUCUCUGGCAUGCCUGUGGCCACCCUCACCCCCUUCCCAUACCCUCAUCCCCAGAGACAUCCUCAGCUUCCAGCUCCCUCCUGCCCAUAGCCAGCUUUCCCAGAUCUGGGGCAUGGGGGCAAAGGCUGACUCUGCCUCUUGUCUUUGUCAUUGAGGCUUUUUUGAUCUAGAAAAGGGAGAGCCCUUUUUUCAAUGAAAAUUCAAAUACCCCAAUUUUGGAAUCCCCAUCCCAUUCUCUAGCUUAC